AUGUCUCGGCCUGAAAGCGUAUCACACGACGGCCUGGAACUUCACGAACACGAGAGGCGCAAAAUCGUCUUGAACUCACCUAUCAGCAGCAUGCCUCGACGCUAUAGCAGGGACAGUGCGUUCGACGACGACGGUAAGCAACCCGUGGUGAAGCGUGUCAACAAGUGCAGCCCGACUGCUCAGGACGAUCUGCCUAAGAAGCGCUGGAAGCGCGAGAGCGUUCGCUGGCAUAAGACUGGACAACCUGUAAAGACGACGUAUCGAGACAUAUCUGAGCAGAUCCCGAAGCGUGUAGCCGGACGUGUCGCUGCUACACCCGUACUCGACGAUGUGGGACCGUUAGAGCUGGUCGAAACGCCACACGAGUUCGAUGAUGUGAUCAAAGAGCUGGAAGCAUGUCUUCCGGAUCCGACGGUCGAAACGAACGCAGCGAUAACGGCCACCCUCGACAUCAAGCUUGACGGUCUCUUUGAGAAAGAUGCAGCACUCAAUUCCCCUUACCGGGAAGACGACAAUCCCAAUGCUGCCAGAAGCUGGCGAGCCGACUGUACCCGAUUCCAGUCUCGAUCGUCCAACUUUGAGCCUCCCGCUCUGGUUAACGCGGAAGCAGAGACGGAAGCAGGAUACCUUCCUGAGGACCUGUACAAUUUUGAGCAGGGGGAGAACGAUGAUGCCUGCUUCAGCACUAUCACCACUACCCCCAAUACUGACACGGGCUUAGCUCUUUACGCCAAGCCGUCAACAAACGCUGGCAGAAAUUCCCACGAUCUUUAUCAGAUCCAGUACGUAUGGCGAGGCGCAGUGGAAGAUCCUUUGCUCCGAACUCUGCAGCCCAGCGGCCCAGCGACGCAUUGGGAUAGGAAGCUCAUCCGGGCACUGGCACGAAUAGCGUACUAUGGUACUGCACAUGAGAUCAACCGACUAUUGUGGCAGAAGGUUUCGGAAAGAGGGGCAUGA